GUGAACGCUUUUCCCCACAGGUGGUUCGAGGCUGGGGUACAGCCGACUCAAAAACUCCGUUGCCGAAAACCCGGAGCGGUACGGCCCCAAAACUCCCCCGCCAAUAUUUCGUGCUCUUUCUUUCUUCCCCUCUUCCCCUUCUCCAGUUCUGGCUCUGGUUCUUGUGUAUUUUUACAUCUUCAUCACUCGUCUUGCAUUUCUCCGUUGCCGUCAUGUCUGUCAUUCAAUCUCCCUGGCCAACAGUGGCGUUCCCCCAAAAAAACGUCCUGAGCUAUCUCUUCUCCGACGCCGCCUACAUCAACGACACACCUCUAUGGAACGAUGCCGCGGACCCUUCUCGAAACCUGUCCACAAGACAAGCUCUGCAGCUUAUCAAGCAAUUGGGUAGUGGUCUGCAGGAGCUUGGCCUCCAGCGCGGUGAUGUCGUCCUCAUCUGCACACCCAAUCACAUUUACGUCCCAGUUGCCUAUCUCGGCACCGUCGGUUCAACCUUCAUCUUUAGCGGUGCAAAUCCCGCAUACACGGCCAAAGAAUUUGCACACCAGCUAGACAACACAGGCGCCAAGGUCGUCCUCGCCCACCCCGUCAAGCUCGACAUUGUUCUCGAAGCUGCCGAAAGUCUCCGCUUCCCACGCAGCCGCAUCUUCCAAUUCUCCGAUACCAAACAGGCCGACAGACACGGCGUAAAGGACUGGUCCGCUCUGCUCGCCUCUCCAGCCUCUGUUUCCUCAUGGAUAUGGCCGGAGCUUACCGCCCAUGAGGCCCGCACAACCGUUGCCACUGUCAACUACAGCUCCGGAACAACGGGCUUGCCCAAGGGCGUGCGUAUCUCCCACGCCAAUCUCAUUGCCAACGUCGAACAAAGCACCAUUAUCCACUUUGGAGGUGUUGAUACCAGCAAGCCAGAUAACUGGGUUGGCUUUCUCCCACUGUACCAUGCCUUUGGCCAGCUAUGGACCAUUCUGAUGGCCUCCCGUCUCCGCGCACCCAACUACAUCCUGUCCGCCUUUUCCUUUGAAGGCUUCUUUUCAGCAGUGCAGCGCUACCGCCCUCGCUUUCUGCAAGUCGUACCACCCAUUAUCGUCAUGUUGGCCAAGCGCCCCGACGCCAAAAACUACGACAUCUCGAGUGUAGAAUGGAUCUUGUGCGGUGCGGCACCGCUUAAGCAGGAGCUGCAGAACGAGGUCAGCCAACGCUUCAACCUGCAGAUUAAGCAGGGCUGGGGUAUGACCGAGGUGACGUGUGGCGGAAUCAGCACGCCCAACCUAGUCGAAGACCGCACCGGAUCAGUCGGAAAGCUCCUCCCCGGCACCGAGGCCAAGCUUCUCGAUGAAAAGGGCAACUUUGCAGAAGUGGGUGAACCAGGCGAGCUCUAUGUCCGCGGACCCCAGGUCUGUCUUGGAUACUGGCGCAACGAGGAGGCUUCCAGAGAGACGCUGUCUAGCGACGGCUGGCUCAAGACGGGCGAUGUUGCCGUCCACGAUCCCAAGAGCGACCUCUUCUGGAUCGUCGACCGCAAGAAGGAGCUUAUCAAGGUGAACGGCCUGCAGGUGGCCCCCGCGGAACUCGAGGCCUUGCUUCUUGAAAACGGCGACGUAGCCGAUGCCGCUGUCGUUGGUAUUACAGUACACGACAACGAAACGCCCCGCGCCUACGUCACGCUCCAGGCCUCCGCCAAGGGCAAAGUAACACCCCGCGACAUCCAAGACUGGGUCGCCGCCCGCGUCUCCAAGCACAAGCGCCUUACCGGUGGUGUCUCGUUUGUCGACGAGGUGCCCAAGCUUCCUAGCGGCAAGAUUGUGCGCAAGCUGAUGCGCGAAUGGGCCAAGCGAGACGCCGAGAUUCUGGAAAAGCAAGGCGAAAAGGCAAAGUUUUAGAAUAUUCGCAUUUUCUUUGUUCAUGAUGCAAUGAUAUAGAUAGUAUUCUUUUGUACUAUUAUUACAUAUUAUACAUAUAUAUUCGUUCCUUACGAAUCGUCCUCGUCAUGAUGUCGUAGAAGGUGUAUUCUUUCGAUCGCUCGCUCGGCCCUUGGGCAGGUCCUUUACUAUAAACGCAAAGACAGUCAGCACUGUGGUAUCUCGGAGCGAAUUCAAAAGACUUACAGCGCUUGAAUAAAUGGUAACUAAGAAGAAUCAUCAUGGGCACGCCAAUGAAAAUCGCCACAAUCAGCUUCUUGCGCAACUCCACGCGCUCCUUGAACUGCUCGGCCGCUCGAGCUGCCGCGUCUGCCUCUGGGCCUGUUUUCGGCUUGAACCCUGCUUUAUCUUUUGCCAUGGCUUGAGAGACGGCGUCUGUUUGCUUUGGAGACGCUGAGGAGGGGGCUCCGGCUUUGCGCUGAGCUGCGGCUUGGGCUUUGGCCUUUGCGCUCUGCGACGCAGACGACGAGUUGGCGCGGGAGGUGAUGAGCGAGAGGCGGCUUGGGCACUUGCUUAGUGCGAGGGAGCGGUGUAUUCGGUGCGAGAGCAUGUUGUCUGUGUAUGUGAGGGCGGUGCGUGGUGCAAUUGGUAUAGACGGAGAAGAGAAGAGAUGGGGUAGUUGGGAGGUCGCCGAGGAAAUUUUAGUGGAGCGAG